GCUCGUCAAGCCUAUCGCGUUCGGCCAAGAGGCGAGUGAUACCAACAAGGGAGUUCUCUCCAGACGAGCUGUGCCGGGCCACUGGCAACUGGUCAGGGGACAGCCUCAUAGGCGCAGGGGCCUUCCAUGACGUGUACCGGGGGGUGUCCCCGCACGAUGGCACCACGCUGUGGGCUGUGAAGCGCGCCAAAGUGCUCAGCAAUGAUUAUCAGAGAGAGAUAGCUCAGAUGUCGCCCAGGAGCCACCCAAACGUGGCUCGGUUACUGGGGUACUGCAAGGCACCGCCACUGGAUGGCUCUCCGGGCGCCCGCAUGGAGCAGAUUCUCGUCUAUGAGAUGCUUCCCAACGGUGGCCUGGACGAGUGGAUCGGAGAAGACUGCGCCACGCCGCUCACGCUGCUGCAGCGGCUGCACAUCCUGCUGGGGGCGGCCAAGGGGCUGGCGUAUCUGCACAAGUUUGGCAUCGUGCACCGCGACAUCAAGCCCGCCAACAUCCUGCUCGACUCCAACAUGCAGGCGAAGGUGGCGAAUCUGGGCGUGGUGAGGGUGGGUGAGAGCAGCGUCGUGAGCUUCACAGACCCAAGCUACGCGGAGACCAUGCACGCCAGCACGGCCAGUGAUGUGUACAGCUUCGGCCUGCUCAUCCUCGUCACCGUUGCCAGCCAAGCUGUGCUGCUGGAGGAUGAAUUUCAAACCAACACUCUGCAAGCG